UUUCUUUGAUCAUGCAAUGGUUUUUUCUUAUUUUUGCCUUUAUUGCAAUUGUUAAAGGAACAACUUUAACAAUUCAACUUCCUCCUAAUAAAAAACAAUGUUUUUAUACUUUCGUUGAUGAAGUUGGUAAAAAGGUUAUUUUUUAUUUCGCGGUUCGAUCAGGCGGUUCUUUUGAUAUUGAUUAUCAAAUCUUUGAUACAAAUAAGAAUAUUAUUUUUAAUGGUGUUAAAGAAAAACAAGGAGAUAUUGAAUUUAACGCAAAAUAUAAAGGCGAAUAUAUGUUUUGUUUUUCUAAUGAAAUGUCGACUUUAACAGAUAAAAUCUUGGAUUUUCAAAUUUCAGUUGAAAAUGAAGAACGAGCAGUUUUGCCCCAGGGUGGAAAUAAUGUUAAUGAACAAACAGAAACAUUAGAUGAAUAUUUGUUAAGAAUUUCAAAAGUUUUUUCUAUAAUUCGACAUUCACAAAAGUAUCUUAAUUUGCGUGAAAAUCGUAAUUUAAGUACAGUUCAGUCGACAGAAGCACGUAUUUUUUGGUUCUCCAUUACCGAAUCCAUUCUUAUUCUUAUUGUAUCUGUUUUACAAGUAUUAAUUCUCAAAACUUUUUUUACAAGUAAAACCAUAUUAAAAAUAUAA